AUGGAGCAGGGGAGCGAGGCGUGGAGCCCGGCCGCCCAGGAUCCUGAGCUGGGGGAACGCGUGGGAGGAGCCCUGCGAGGAGGUGCCCCAAACAAGAAGGAAGAGGAACCCAAAGCAGUGCCAGGAGCCAAGAGACCCAGAAAGACUCCCGGGAAGGAUCGGCCCGAGGAGCUGGUUCAACACCACCCGGACUGGGCCCUCGGCAAGCCGCCCCCGCCCGCGCCCACGAAAGCCUGGGACCCGGGCUCAGGUGCGCCGCCGCCACCCCCGGGGCCCAGCCGGGGCUCGCAGGCCCGCCAGCGGCGCCACGUGUGUGCAGACUGCGGUCGCCGCUUCACCUACCCAUCGCUGCUGGUCAGCCACCAGCGCAUGCACUCGGACGAGCGGCCCUUCCCCUGCCCCGAGUGUGGCAUGUGCUUCAAGAGGAAGUUUGCGGUCAACGCGCACCAGUGGAUCCACCGCUCCUGCUCGGGGGGCCGGCGAGGCCGGAGGCCUGGCAUCCGCGCUGUGCCUCAGGCCCCGGUCCGGGAUGACCGGGACCCGCCGGUGCUGUUCCGGCACUACCCGAACAUCUUUCAGGAGUGCGGGUGA